AAUAUUUAAAGGAUUCAUUUCUCCACUACCAUUAGUAAUUAAUUAGUAAUGACUAAUACCAAAAAAAUUUGUUAGAUAUGAGCUAGAAAUUUUACCCUUGAUCACAUACUUAAAAAGACUAAAACUUUUAUCACUAUUUAUUUUCUCCAGUCACAAUUAUAAGCAAAAUUAAACUUUUUAUUUUUAGAUUCAUUGAAGAAUUGAUGCAUCUGAACUAUAAUAUAGUUCAAUGAAUCUAAUAAGUAUAUAUUUGCUUAUAUAUAAUUUCUGACAGGAGGAAAUAAUUUAUUGGUAUAUAUAUAUAUAUAUUCAUCACUUCUCCAUAAUCAAUUAAUCAAUUCACUUCCCUGAUUCCUCAUAUCAUGGAUUUGCACAAGCCAUCCCAUGUGGUUCUACUCUCCAGCCCAGGCCUUGGGCAUCUCAUCCCCACCAUCGAGCUUGCUAAGCGCUUACUCAUCCACCACAACUUCAAACUCACAAUCAUUGCCAUCAAAUCUCCUACUUCACAUGCAGAAUCACAAAUCCUCAACUCAGCCACAAAUCCAUCCCUCUACACCAUCAUCCAAAUCCCAUCACCAAACAUUCCCUCUAACCUCUCUGUCACCGCCCACCUCUGCGUCACAAUGCGCCAUGCCAUACCUUCAAUUAAAUCCACCUUAAAAAACUUACCCAUCCGUCCUUCGGCCUUCAUCGUAGACAUAUUCGGAACAGAGUCUCUAACCUUAGCACAAGAACUCAACAUUCCGAAAUUUGUCUAUGUAGCUUCUAAUGCUUGGUUUCUUUCCCUCCUUGUGUAUUCACCUGUUUUGGACGAACAAAUAAAAGGAGAAUAUGUCGUGCUAAAAGAACUGUUGAAAAUCCCAGGUUGUAAACCGAUUCGACCCGUGGAUUUGGUUGAUCCCAUGCAUAACCGAAACGACUUAGGAUAUAGUGAAUAUCUAAUUAUAGCAAACAAUCUCUCUAAAAGUGACGCCGUUUUGGUCAACACGUGGGAUGAGCUUCAACAUAGAGAGCUUAAAGGACUAAAUGGUGAAUUAUCGGGUUUAUUGAAAGUUCAUGUAUUUGCAAUUGGACCCCUGGUGAGACAGCCCGAGUCAAAAUUGAAUCAAGCUACCGAGUCAGUGAUGAAAUGGCUUGAUAAACAACCGAAGGAAUCUGCCGUUUAUGUUUCGUUUGGAAGCGGUGGAACGAUGUCGUAUGAACAAAUGAAGGAAAUAGCUUUAGGUUUGGAAUUAAGUAAACAAAGAUUUGUUUGGGUGGUGCGUGUACCUAGGGGAGAAUCUGCGGAUGCGGCAUUUUUUACCACUGGAUGUAGUGACGGAUUUGAUGGUGAACUUGAUGAGAUUAAAAAACAUUUACCCGACGGGUUUUUAGAGAGGAUUAAGAAUGUGGGUUUGUUAAUUCAAGAGUGGGCCCCACAAGUAGCUAUUUUGAAACAUCCUUCGAUUGGUUGUUUUAUUUCGCAUUGUGGGUGGGGUUCUGUACUUGAGAGUUUAACCAAUGGUGUGCCUAUCAUUGCUUGGCCACUUUAUGCGGAACAAAGGAUGAAUGCGGCGUUUUUGGUUGAGGAGCUUGGUGUGGCUGUUAAGACUACGAUGUUGCCCUCAAAGAAUGUGGUGGGUAGGGAGGAGAUAGCUAGUUUGGUGAAAAAAAUAAUUUUGGAGGAACAAAAUGGUAAGAGCAACAACGUGAGGGACAAAGUGAGAGAGAUUAUGGUGAGUGGAGAGAAAGCUUUGUAUCAAGGUGGUUCGUCGUACAUUGCACUAUCUCAGGUGGCAAAUAUAAUUGACAAACAAGAUUUCAUUCGCCUCUAAAAAAACAUGGAUACGAGGAAUUGUAAAGUGUCUUAUAAUAAUAAAUAAUAAAAUAAUAAAUAAGUGUAUGUAUAUAUGUGUUGAAAAUUUGUGUGUUUUUUAAAUGAUAUAUGUAUGAAGUCUACAUUAUUUAGCAUGUGA